UGUAGACAAGACAAACUAUAAUCUUUGUAGUCAAACAUCCCACAUUGGAUACAAAUGGAAUAAAUCAAAACUUUAUACGAUCAUAUGGCGCCCAAACUAUUGACAUAUGUAGCAUGAAAUAUAUAGCCAGAUAGAGAUUCUUGUCGAGUAGUAUCUGAUAUAUUAGGAAAUAUAUAACAUUCCAUAUAUUGAACAAAUACCCUAAUGACUCCAGUGUAUAUAUACUUUACAUAAUCUAAUAUAUGAAGGCAAGGGUUUUACCAAGUUUUAUGGUAUCAGACGCCAAACCUUAAUCUCCUAGCCGCCCUUCUUCUUCUUCUUCUUCUUCUUCUUCUUCUUCUUUCUUCGAUCUACAAUCUCUUCUUAUGCUUUCCUCAUGGCUCAAAUAACUAACAAAGCAUUCGGUGUUACACACAUCAAGUCAUACAUUCCCCUGGUUCUAGACAUGCAAAAGAUGAACUACGAUGCAUGGCGUGAACUGGUUGAGACCCACUGUCUCUCCUUUGGUGUUUCUGGCCAUCUAGACGGGACUUCCCUCCCCGCAAACGCUGAAGAUACACCAUGGAAGGAACGUGACGGUCUUGUGAAGAUGUCGAUCUACGGAACCAUCUCCUCUUCUCUCCUUGAUAUGGUAUUGAAGACUCGCUGCUCUGCUCGUGAUCUAUGGGUCAUAAUCGAAAACCUUUUCCGCGACAACAAAGAAGCAUGGGCAAUCCAGCUUGAGAAUGAGCUUCGUACUCUCACCAUUGGCGACAUGUCUAUCCACGACUACUGUCAAAAACUCAAGAACCUCACAGAUCUACUCGCCAAUGUAGAUUCCCCUGUUACUGAUCGUGCUGUUGUAAUGCACAUGUUGAAUGGUCUCUCGGAGAAGUUUGAUAACAUUCACAAUGUUAUAAAACACAGAUCUCCAUUCCCAAGCUUCUCAGUGGCUCGCUCCAUGCUUCUUAUGGAGGAAGAUCGCAUCAGCAAGAACACCAAGAGCUCCACACCUCAAGUCCUUCAUGUUGCUACUACGCAAGCCGAUGCUCCAUCCCCUCAACCUAGCAACAAUCGCGGAGGUCAGCAACCACAACAAUACAAUCAUGGUAACUAUCGCAACAAUCAAAACAUAGGCCGUGGCAGAGGACGUAACAACAACUAUCGUGGACGUGGCCGCAAUAACUGGAACAACAACCAAUCUGGCUGGGUGCAACAACCUCCAGCAUAGCAAUCACAACCACCUCAGCAGUACUGGCAACAACAAAACUGGCAACAAAACCAGCAGCAAUGGCGUCCUGGUCCGAUGG